AUGACGAAGUCCCCGCUCGAGUUUUAUGACGAAGAGUUGUCGCGAACGAUUCGUCAGAUUCAAGAGGGUUUGCUGGAAUUGGAAUGGCCUUCCCCGGAUGCGAAAACAAGCCAAGAGGAUCAUCUUGAAAAGGUUGACAAGCUGUUGACUACGGCGGAUAUGUUCCUUCAGCAAAUCGCAACGGAAGCCAGGGCAAUGCAGCAAGGCCAGGAGAAAACACAGUGGUUGGAAAUCGUCAAGUUUCGAAGAGGAACAUUGAAUCAUUUGAAGAAAGAUCGAGCCAAUGUCAACAUAUUCCAAUUCCCUUCGCUCGAAGAUCCCGCUUCAUCUGAAGCCAUCAAGAAUUAG